AUGGACAGUCUACACGGAGCCCCCGCAUACGCCGACGAGCGGGUGGAUGUCGGCGACGAGCAAAUGACAGGGCUCGUGGGGAACUUUUCGAGCAGGUCUCAUCUCCACGAGUGCGGCACCCUCGGACUCGGCCAGCACAUAGACGAUGAGGCGCCCCUCCCUUUCGCUGUAACCAUUCCACACGCGGAAGUUGUGAACCGCGGCGUGUGGAUGACCCACAUGUGUUACUUGGUUCAGUUUUCGGAUAUGGGCGUCGUCUGUACCGUUCGGCGUCGCUUCAGUGACUUCCAGCGUUUGGCUCAGGAUCUAGAUCGCCUCCUCUCGCAUUCAUGCACCCACAUUUUGUGCGCGACGGCUUCGCCCCCCGCUUCGCCCCGUGGACUGCAGAAGAGAUCCUCGGCUCUGGGGCUCAUCUGUCCCUCUGUGAAGAGGCCUUCCGACCUCGUGGUGGUGCCUGGCAGCCAGGCUUCCUCUGAGUGUGCGCCUCCCGCGCAUGAGGACCGAGGAGACAGGCACGCGAGGCAGCCUCUGGAAGGCGGCCCUGGCGGCCCCUCUGACGGCAGCCAGCCGUUCCAAGCGCCCUUGCGAUUUCCCUCGCUGCUGUCGCGCCGCUGCGAGCAUCAUCGCCUUCGCUCACCGCGGUCUGAGGCGGAUGGCGACCGCGCCCUGGGCGCCCGCGGCCCUCGGGACGCGUUGCUCCGCGCGCAUGCGUCAGAGGCGCGCCUGUGGAGUCGAGACGACGGCCUUCCCGCCUGCAGGCGCUGCGUGGGGAAGGGCUCCAUCGUGUCUGCGCUUCCGCCGAAGCGCGUGUUCGGCAACAUGGAUCCACUGUUCGUCGAAGACAGACGCUGGGAGCUCGAGCGCUUCCUCCAUCGCCUUCUGCUCCGCGAAGAAGUGUUCCUCCUCGCGCCUUUCUGGGCCUUCUUCGAGGCGAGCCACGCGGCUGCGCUGAUGGCGCGGUUCUUCGUCCUGACGGCGCCCGCGAGAAGACGCAGCGGCGCCUGCGACGUCUCAGUCCUCUUCGCCACGCAAGAGACUCUCUCGGGACUCAGAGACCUCGUCUGCACAGCACUGCGCGACGCCAGGGAGGCCGCGAGACAACGAGAAGGAGGCGAGGCGCCAGAGGGCGGGGUGGAGAGAGGUUUUGCGGCUGAGGGCUGCGAGCGAGGGUCGCUGGCGGCGGCGCUUCCACUCCCCCGAAAUUUGACCUCAUGCACGGAUGCGGAGCUUUUUUCCGCCGAUUCGGCGGCGGCCUUCUUCCCUUCGCCUUUCGCGUCACGGCCUUUGGCGAGCUUGAACGAGGCGCACCCGCCGGCGCACGCGCGGGAGACUGCUCCUGAUGACCCCGGGGCGAGCGGCGCGGCCUCCCGCGGGCCGGCUGCGAGGCGAUUCGAUCCGGAGCUUUGGCGGCUGUGCCAUCCACAUUUCAUUCUACGUCUCCUCUGCAUGGUGAGCGACGGCCUGUACUUGCCUGCGUUCAUGCAGCUGCAGGUCGUCGACUUACUCUCGUUGCUCCUCGCUCUCUCGCGCCCGCUCGUGCUUCCGCUGCUUAUGCAGGCUCGCGCUUUCGUCUUGGUCUUUCGCCUCCUCGAGUACGCGGCGACUUCGGUCCACGCCGAGGCGACGCGACGCCUCAAGCGGCAGGCCAGCGUCCGAGGCGCUGCAGGCGGGCGCCUGCAGCGCCUCGGGCGCCAGGGCUGCUGGGAGGGCGGCUCGUGGAGGUCGCUCUCUCCCUCGUCUUCUUUUCUCGCUUCCGCCUCGUCCACUUCUUCUCGCUCGCAGUCUCCUUCAGAGGACGGAGACGCCGCGCGACGUCGGCGGAGAGAUCGAGCCGUGGACUCGCCCGAGGAGCCGCCCGGCACAGAUGCGCCUUCGAAUUCUUGUCCAGAGGGAGCGUGCCUAGAGCGAAGCGGCGAGCGCCGGACGCCAAAAGGGAAACGGCGGUCGCGAGUGUUACCUCGUCCAGCUGGCGGUGGGGGGCGAGCCGGAUGUGCGGAGCGAGGGAGACAGGCCGCCGGAGCCUCGGGCGACCACCUGCGCGUCCUCCUGGACGUCGCAGACGCCUGCAUGCGUCUCUGUAUCACGUUGGUGGAGGUGUGCCCGGAGGAAUUUCUGUUUUUCUUGACCUCUUGCGAAGGCCUUCUGCGGCUGAGAGACCUCUUGCUCCUGCGGAAGCAGAGUGCGCCGACUCCUCUCGGCUCGCGCGACAGCCCCGAGGGGGGGGGCAGGGCGCGAGGCGGGAGCGGCCCAAGUGAAGAGAGAAGACGACGAUCUCGCUCGUCGUCUUCUCGCUCGCCGCGAGCGUCAGCUGCGCCGGGAGGCGAAGCGAGCCCGACGCGGGGGGGAGGGAAGGAUGGCGACAGACGAUCGCGACAAAAACGCAGCGAACGGGCGGCGAGUGGCGACACGGGUCGCGAAGCCGAAGAAGAGCGGGAGGGAAACCUGUGCCAGACUCUGCAUGGCGGCGUUGCACAGGGGGACGAGUCAGAUGAGGAACUGAGCUCUGCCACCAGCGCGGGCAGCAGCUUGGGGAGCGACCUCUCCGCGGAGGAGGACGACAGCUCUCCGGCGCCGGCUGCGCUUCUCGCUGCGCUCCAUCGACGCGCGAAACGCCAGAUGCUCCUGUGCAUGGUGCCUCUCUCGCCGCUGUCUCGCGUGGUCACGAGGGACGUCGUGGCGGCCGCUGUGCGCAUCAAGAGAGACGAACUGGAGCACAAGUCGAGAGGAAGACGCAGGAGGUGCAUCUCGCCGGCUUCGAGCGCCUCUUCUGGCUUCGAAGGGCCGAUGCCCGAGGCUGCAGAUGCCUCCAGGCGCGGCGGCGGGCGUCAGUCGCGAAGGAGUCGAGAUGCCGAGGGCCGCGAGAGCGACUUUGGAGCCGAGAUGCGGUUGGGCUGCGGACAUGCAGGUCUCCCUCCGCCCCUUGACUCGCACGGGGAUUUCGAAUUGAAGCGCCGUGGUAGACACUCAGCCGGCCUCUCUCCCUCUUCUGCGUCUUCUGCUCCUUGCUCACUGGCGGGGGCGGGCUGCGGAGAAAGCUCCGGAAACACGGACACGAGCAGUGACGCAGAGAUUUCGCGAAAGGGUAGCGGUCCAUCCGGCGCGCGCGCGCCUCGACUUCGAAGGCCGCGGCCGCGCCGCUCUCGCUCGCCCUCGUUUUCUCUUUCGUUUUACGAGACCGAGGAGACUCGGAAGGCUCUGAAGGGGCGCCUGCACAGCUUCGUUGCGCUGCUGCUGUGGACCGCCCUGCCUUUGGUCGGCGUCGGGCGAGCUCUGACCAGCCCGCAGUCGCUCGGCCUGGAGAUUCUCUCCCUCCUUUACACCUCCCGGUGCGCGACAUCCGCGCGAAUUCUCUGUGCGCUGCUUCUGGCCUCGCUCCUCCGGUCGACGAGAUCCUACUUCUUGCUGCAGCCGCAGGCGCCCUGCAGACGUCUCCGCGGGGCCCUUGUCUCUCCGCACUGGCGCGGAGACCGCAGCCUUCCGCCUUCGCAGGUUCCUCCUGCCCCCCCUGGCGCCCGCGGCGCGUCCGCCUCUGCACACCUUUCCCCUCUGUCAGCGCCAGCUACUCUUCCUCAGUCCGUCGCCUCGUCCUCUUCUCAGUCCCUCUGUGGGGUCUCCUCGCAUCCCGAGCUUUCUCCUGCCGCUUCGGCCGGCGCGACUUCCGCGCUUUCUGCUUCCGCGGAGGCUGCGCUGGGCGCCUGCUCCGCUGCGCGCCCAGCUGCCGGCGCGGCGUGCGGCGGCUGGUCGCAGCCGGCCGCGAGAGAAGAAAAGGAAAAGCGCGGGAACGCUGCGCGCGCGAAACAAGCUGCCGAGGCGAUUGGCGCCCUGCCUCUUCUGCUUCUCAUGCGUUCGCUCAAGAAACCAGCUGAGGCGCAGCUGCCGAGCCGUGGCGUCAGUGCGGCGCUUCUCCACUACCUCCUGCAGCCGGGCAUGUCCAGUCGUCUCCUGCCUCUGCUUUCUUCUUCUUUCUCUUCGCCUCUUCUGUCUCCUUCCACCUCUCCCUCAGAGUCUCGUCUCUCCUCUUCGGGCUCCGAGUCCCCCAGUUCGCGGCGCCGUCCGCACGGGCAGCCGCCGCCCUGUUUCGAUUCUGCUCCAGGGCAGGGGGGGCCGCCCUCUUCUCGCUCGUCGCCCGCCUCUGCGGUGGCGUCGCCUGCGUCGGGUCCUGCGCGCUUUUCGUCUCCGUUCUCUCCCGAGCCUUCGCGGGGCGCGGAGACGCCGGAAGAGGUCAACGCCGACGACCAGAGCGGCGCGCGGGAGGCCUCGGCGAUGGAAAUCUCCUUCUUCGUUUGCUGGCUGCUGGCGGUCCUCGCGACGCGCGCGAAUCCGUUAUUCCACGCGCUCAAGCGCGAAGAACGCAGCCUCGCCGAAGAGGAACCCGCCACGCGGCCUCUAGUCCUCUCUCUGGAGGAACAGGACGCAGCCGUGCGCGAGGAAGAAGCGAGCAGUGGAGGGGGUCGCGGGCAAAGCGACGACUCGAACCCGGUCGGUGCAUGCCGCGCUUCCUCACUGGCGAGUCCCGCGGAGGGUCAGAAAGCCUCCGGGCUGCCGGUCGCUUCUUCGGCUCCUCCUUCUGCGCCCGCGGGCUGCUUCCCCGGCGACCCUCCUCCGCCUGCCUGCGGGCGAGGUCAAGCGGGCGCUUCCUCCGAAGGGCCUCGGCUGCCGGCGCGAGUCCACGCGCUCGCCGACGCCGCAGAGCGCGGGAAUCAGCGGAUACGCCUGUCUGUCGAGGCGCUUCUUCCUGUGGCUAGUGUAGACGGGUCGCGGAAGUUCGAUUUCAGCGGUGCACAGGCGUCUCUCGUCCCGCCGGUGCGAUUGCCGUCUCCGUCCUCCUCUUCUUCGUCUCGCUUUUCGCAGCGGGCGCGGCGGGCGCGCCGCCCUUCUUCGCUGCAGCCGUUCAUGGGAUCCGGACUCCCAUUCUUUUCUUCGCUCGGCCGUGCGCUCUCUGUGUGUUCGUCUGCCUCCGCGUCUUCGCCACCGACCUCGACACGCAAACACCCCUUUUCUGCGCAUUUCGGCGCAGCGCCGUCGCUGCGGUUCGACGCAGCCGUCUCGCCGUCGGCCUUGUCUCGCGCGUUUCUGCGUUCAGGCCUUAUUCCGCUGCUUUUCCGCCUCAGCCAGCAAAGCCCCAGCGUCGCGCUCCAGCGCCUCGCCGCCCUAUCUCUGCUGUGGAUCCCUGCGUGGCCCUGGAGCGCGGCAGUUCCUGCGGCGGGGCUUCCGGCGGCGUUUACGAACGGCGUCGGAGGCCGCGACCUCGCCGACGCCGCGCUCGGCGCUGGAAAGCCGCCAGGUGAUGCGAGGCGGCAGGCCGCCGCUCCAGGAGAAGCCUCGAAGACCGCGCGCGGAGCCUCGAGACGCGGGCGGGACUCCCGCGAAGGAGGCGGCGGGCGAGGAGAUGCUGCGGCUCAGGAGGAGAGCGAGCAAGAGGAGCCGAGACGCGAGGAGACAGGGCCGCCUGCGCAGAGCAGCGACCUGCACUGCUCGGCGCUCCCUCCUGGGACGCUUCAUCUGUCCGCUGUUUCGUCCCCCGCGCGCGGGGAGUCCUCGAGUACGUCGCCAGCUGCGUCGUUGGAGGCGCAGAGUCCGGAAAGCGCCGGCGCAGGCGCGCCGUCACGUGAGCUCGUGAUCCUGCGCGGGCGACUCGCCGUCAUCCAGCUUUUGCUGCAGCAGGUUCAGGAGGAAGGCGAGAGUCAGCGCGGGCGCCUCCAGCGCGAAAAGGCGUUGAUGCAGCUGCGCCAGAAACUCGUCGCGGCGCGCAGGAGUCCGCUUGUGUCGUGGGGGGGCGGCGCCCCUGGCGGGCCUCGAGGCCGCGAGGCGCGAGGGGCCGCCGCGUGGAGACAGACGUCGGAAGGGACUCACGAGCCGCGUCGGCGACUGGAGAGGCCCCUGUCGCAGGACCCGGCGCGCCUGCGAGGAGACUGUCGCCGCGGGAGCCUCUGCGGCUGUGCACGCUCGGCCUCCUCGCUGCCAGCGCUGCCUCAGGGGGGUGGGGCGACGCACGAAGAACGAAGAGAGAGACAGCGACAGUUUUCUUCUCUCUCGCUUCGCGACCAUCCGAAUGAAGUGGGGUGUCCGUUCGCCUGCGCGUCGCCGAGAGACGACCUCGCAGUCGAGUGGCGGCGCGGGAAAAACGGCGACGAGGCGGAUGCUGCGACGCGGGGAGACGCCCGCACGUUAGCUAGUCUCCACUCGCAGGGCGAGGGAGAGGCCUGCGGCAGGGACUCUCUGGGGCGAGCCGAGGAGGCGGCAGGCGACUCCGAGCAUGAAGCGCGUGCAAGUCGAAACACGGGCAAGAGAGAGAGAAUGAACUCUGCAGGCGCGAGAGGCGGCGAGGACGAUAUGCUCGCAGUUCUGAAGAAACUGAGACAUUUGCGGCGGAAAAGGCGAGAGAUGAAGAGAGACGCUGCCCGAGCCACGGGUUUUCUCACGAAAACGCGCGUCAGACUCGAAAGCUUGCACCUGCGGGCGAGCUCGCUGGAGCAUCGUCUCGCGACUCAGCUGGCGUCGUUGUUUUCUUCUCUCUUGGCGCGGGACCGUCACGAACAGCUGCUCAGGGCUGCGCUGCUUGCGAAGGAGGCGCAGGAGGGAGAGGCGAAGCGCGCCGCAGACGAACAGAGCGAAGCGGAGCGCCGCGCGCAUGCGCGACUUCAAGAGGCUGCGGAGAAGGCGACCGCACUCAAGCGCCAAGCGACACGGACGCGGAACAGGUGGAUGGAGGUGGAGCAGCUGAUUGCAGCUGCGCCCCAGCGGCGCCAGAAGCUCGAAGAGCAAGCAGAUUUCCGCGAACAGGUGUUGAGGCAUCUUCGCGAGGAACUGAGUCAAAAACGAAAUCGCCUCGAUCGCGCGCGGCUCGAGUACGAACUCAAACAGCAGGCGAGGCGAGAGCUGCAGAUUGACGCGCGCCAAACCGAGGCAGCGCUUGAGGUCUACACGCGUGCCUUGCAGCGGCGGCAAGCGGCGUUGGAAGCGGCGGGUUCGCUCGAUGCGUCGAGUGCCGUUUCUGCGUCUUCGCCGGCGUGUGCGGCUGUUCUAUCUCCGGGAGACGGCGGCGAAGAGGCGGGCGAGAGGGGGGGCGGGUUUUCCCUCGCGCCCUUCGUGCGCCUCCUGCCGCCUCGCCUGCAGUCUCUCCCCGAGGUUGUCGAUGUGCUCUCGCGCGCCGAGGAGGAAUCUGCGACGUCAGUCCCCGCGGCGCCGCUGCGUUUCCUUCGUCUUCUCGAGUCACUGGUGGCGGCGGAGCGCGAGGCGCUCGCCGCGGAGGGCGUAGCGAGGGACAGCGACAACGAGAGCGGCGGCGAGGAGAGCGACGAAGACGCCGAGAGCCUGCCGCGCGAGGCGCUGCAGCUGGAAGAGGAAGUCGAUCGCAGAGCGGCGGAGGUGGCUAACCACGAGCGCCAACUCGCGCAGCUGCGACAGGCCAUCGCCGAGCAAACGGACCGCGAAACUCUCCUCAAGAAAGCCGAGGAACUCCAGACCCACGUGCGGCUGUGCGACGCGGAGGUGUCGCGGCUUGUCGAGGAGGAAAAGGCGCUUCGGCGAGUGUUUUUUCGUGAGAAGGAGGAAAAUGAAAAGGCGCGCCGGGCUUUCCUCGCGCAGGCUGAAGAGCGGACGCGAGCAUCCUUGGCGCUGGCUGCGCACACGCGGACGCACGACGCAGAAAGGCGACAAAUGGAGACUUUGCUGCGUCGCGCCGAGCACGAGCUGCGCAUCGCGUUUCUUCUCCUCCAGCACAUCGAGGCGAGCCUGACGCAGAUGAAGCAGGAACGAAGACGCGUCGAGACCGCCCUGCGGGAGGAACGACGCACGCGCGAAAACCUCGCCACGCAGAUCGCCACAGCCAUGAAGUGCAUGCGAGACUUGCGCGCGGAACUGGCGGGCGUCGAGGGCGAUGAUGAAGUGAGGCAGUUUUAA